CAGAGACGUCGUAAUACUUCAAACUCAAAAUAAUCUACUAACCCCGAUACCAAGAUGUGGUUCCUCUUCUUCGCAUUUUUAUUCACUCUUUGCUCAGGUCAGCCUGAUUCCGAUAUGUGCGAUUUAGGUCCAUUCAAGAAAUGCAAGCAGAUGACACAGGUAGGCAGUUUUCCAGAGACUGAAGAAGGACUUGCCGAAGUUUGUCCAUUAUUUAAGGAGUACAUAGGAUGUUUGAAUGUCUACGAUCAGUCCUGCGAGGUGACAAUCUUUCCGAAUCCUGGGCAAUACGAGAGCCUCAUUGGCGCGAUAGAUGAUGUGUGUGACAGAGAUAGUCACCUGCAUAGAGUCUUUCUGGAGAGCAUUCCUUGCUAUAAGCACGUAUCCAACAGUUACAGGAAAGUCUGUCCAUCUAGAGAACUUCUCUUUACAGCUUUGGAACUAUACGACAUACAGAACCCAAUUGCUGAAAUUACAGAUGAUACUGAAAUAAAAUCAUUGAGAUUUUGGAAAUUAAAUUCAUGCUUGUAUCAAGUUUACAUGGUCUCCUGUAUGGCUGACUAUGCCGCAGCAGAGUGCACAAACGACGCCCGACAGUCUACUGUAGAUCUUGCUCGUCGAUCGUAUUAUCUGGAUGACGAGUGCCCUCAAGGAUAUGCGGAGACACUGCUGUCUAUUGUACCGGAGCUGGAUUUGGACGAAUCUUUGAAAAAGACACUGUAUCGCACUUUGGAAGGCCUUAAGAGAAGUUAAACAGAAAAUCAGAUCUAUGUCGCAUGUAAUAACGUAACCAAUAUUUGUGAAUAUCAGAUUCUGAAAUUGUUUGUCUAUGCUCUAACAUUCAAUAAAGUCAUUUUUCCUAACU